CGUCAAUCCUUUCCCCUCCAGAACCCUCCCUCCUGCCCCCUCCCCUCCCCGCCACCACCCGCCGCCGCCGCCUCGCCGCGGAAACCCUAGACCCCUCCCCCGUCCGCCCCGUCCGUUCGCCGCUCCGUCGCCGCCGCCACCCGCUUCAGAUCUCGACGACUUCCGCCCGCGAUGGAGGACUGGGAGAAUGACGAUUUUCAACCAAUCGCGCCUGUUGUGAAAGCUCAACCUCUUAAAAGUAACUGGGAAGAUGAAGAUGUGGAUGAAGAUGAUGUCAAAGAAUCUUGGGAAGAGGAGGAAGAGAAACCUAAGCCACAACCUGUAGAAAAGCCUGCUCCAAAACCUAGUGCUAAAGCUGCUGUGAAAAAAGGCAAACAGCCCUCAACGAGUACUGAAGUAGUUGAUGAUGAUGUUCUUGAUGAUCCUAUUUCAGAGAAGCUUCGCCAACAAAGGCUAGUGGAAGAAGCUGACUUUAAGGCAACAGCAGAGCUUUUUGCAAAGAAGGACGGCAGUGAAAAGUCACUAGAGACUUUCAUCCCGAAGUCUGAGAGCGACUUUGCGGAAUAUGCUGAGCUUAUCGCAAACAAAAUUCGCCCGUAUGAGAAAAGCUUUCACUACAUGGGUCUACUUAAGAAUGUCAUGAGACUUUCCAUGACAUCGUUGAAAGGUGCGGAUGCGAAAGAAAUAUCCUCCUCCGUCACGGCAAUUGCUAAUGAAAAGAUCAAGGCUGAGAAAGAAGCUGCAGCAGGCAAAAAGAAAGGAGGAGCAAAAAAGAAGCAGCUCCAUAUAGAGAAAGGAGAGGAGGACUUUGUUGCCCGACCGGGUGCAUCUUUUGACGAUCCCGACGAGUUCGACUUCAUGUGAUUGGCUGGGAGGGGAAUAGCCUCUUCCGUGUAAUACCUUUGAGGCAAAGCAGAGACUAGGGUUUGCGGCGGUCUGUAUUCCCUUCAGAGGCACCUGAACACUUGGAACUGCGUGGGAACAUGUCUUAUCUAUUUGAGGUUGAUUUUGACACUCGGAGAAUAAGAAGAACGCUUGCGGCUCCCUGAGGCGUUUUUCUUGUUCAAGGCCUGUUUGUGUUUUUUUACUCUUGUUCUGUGGGUUGGGAUCUGUUCCUUUUUGGCCAACUGUACUAUAACGUGUUCCUGGUUAUAUUGGAGUCAUGCAAGUAAAUUUUGGCGGUUGCCUCAGUUAAA